AACCAAAAUCAACGACGGGUAGUCGCGUACUGGUUUUACUUGAUAAGGAGGAUGACAAGACGUUAUAUAAUAAAUUUUUUAAUUCUUUAGAAGAGCGGGAAUAUAACCUAACAUAUACGACGCCCACAGACUCUACUGUGGACCUAUUUUCCUAUGGAGAACGUGCAUAUGACCACAUUAUCAAUUUUGCACCAAAGACAAAAAACACUUCCGUAAUAGAUCAUUUCAAUUAUGACAUGUCUGACGAUGGAAAGCAUACACUUAUAGUUGCAAAUGGAAUAACGAACAAUGAAGCUAUUUUAACAAAAAAUGUGAUUGAAGGGCCACCAGUGCUUUUUAGGGGUAUAGCACACAAAGUUGGGACGGUCCCAUUGUUAACUAAAGUAUUAUGGGCUGGCGAAACUGCUUAUUCAUAUGAGACUAAAGCGGAUCAGCAGGUAGAUCAAGAACCAUUAGUUAUAGGAAAUGAAGUUAUGCUUGUCUCAGCUUUACAAGCAAGAAAUAAUGCAAGAGUUACAUUUGUUGGAAGCAUAGAGUUGUUCAGUGAUAGAUUUUUCGAUUCAUCCAUUCAGAGGACCAAUCCUGCAGAAUCAUUUCCCAAAUCGGGUAAUGAGGACUUCGCCAAAGAUUUGACAAAGUGGACUUUUCAGGAAAAAGGAGUCCUCAAAGUCACUUCUAAGCAUCAUCAUAAGGAAGGCGAGGGCGAAGAGUUAGAAAUUUAUCGUAUUAAGGAUAACAUCGUCUAUAUAAUUGAAAUUUCUGAAUAUGUAAAUGAUCAUUGGCAACCUUUUAAUGGUACCGAUGUACAAUUCGAAGCCAUAAUGUUGGAUCCCUACAUUAGAAAAACUCUUACUCCAUAUCCCACAUCACCAGAACAACAAUCGCGAAAAUAUGAGGCGCACAUUCAAUUACCAGAUGUUUAUGGUGUAUUCACAUUUAAGGUUAAUUACAAACGAUCCGGUUAUUCAUAUAUCGAGGAUUCGACUGUCGUAGCAAUCAGACCCUUCAGACAUAAUGAAUAUCCGAGAUAUAUAUCUGCCGCAUAUCCUUAUUAUACAGGAGCUGCAUCAAUGAUAAUGGGUUUCUUAUUAUUUUCAGUUGUUUGGUUUUUCAAUAAGGAAAAUACCAAAAGAGUAAAAAAGAAGACAAGUUAG